AGGGGAGGAAAACAUUUACAGAUGUAGUUUGUAGACUGAAAGGGAGACAGCGAUAUGUCACACAAAGAUCAGACCAUUUUUACCUGGGGCCUUUGAAGUUUAAGGAAGGGGGGAUUUUGGAGGGGGGGGUUAAGUCAACUUGACAUUAAAUUACUUUUAAAUGCUUUCAUCCAUCAGGACAUACUGUUCUUUUUAAACAGAAGGACUAAUAAAUACAACUACAGGUGAGGUGAUUACGGGCUUGACACAGACCUGAGAUAUCAUCCAGGCUUUAUGGCAUAAAUAUGCCCGAUGGGCGGACUGCGCAUGCGCACCUUUAACGCUCCGUCCCCGUGUUCAGUGGCUGUUGAACUUUCCGGCGGCGGCACGUGGACGUGACAUAAAGGGCCGUCACUCUGCCGUGGACCAGGUGCCGCUCGUGACCGACGGGAAGGUGCUUCUGAGACAUGACCAACGUGCAGCCCAGAGCGAAGGGACGGCGCGAUGAGGAGGACGAGGACGAGGACGAGGACGAGGAGGAGGACGAGGACGAGUCCCCGGAGGGGGGCUGGGGAUGGGUGCUGGUCGGCGCCAUGUUCGUCAGCACAAGCCUCGUGUUCGGCCUCAUGCGCAGCCUGGGCAUCUUCUUCGUGGAGUUCGUCCAGUACUUCGAGGAGAGCGCCCAGGCCAUCUCGUGGAUCUCGUCCACGGGCCUGGCGGCGCAGCAGUUCUUCAGUCCGCUUGGCGCGGCCCUCUGCAACGCGUACGAGGCCCGCGUGGUGGUGAUGGCGGGGGGGUGCCUCGCUGGACUCGGCCUCAUGCUCGCCUCGCAGGCCACGUGUCUGGUUCACCUCUACCUCACCAUGGGCCUCAUCUCCGGUCUGGGCUGGGGGCUGGUCUUCACCCCCAUGGUGGCCACGGUCAUGGCUCACUUCACCCGCCGGCGCGCCCUGGUGCUGGGCGUGGGCUUCUCCAGCAUCGGCCUGUCCUCCUUCGCUUUCAACCCGCUCUUCCAGCUGCUGGUGGAGACGUACGCCUGGCGGGGGGCCCUCCUGAUCCUCGGCGCCCUCAGCCUCAACAUCGUGCCCUGCGGGGCCCUCAUCCGCCCGCGGCGGCGCUCCGAGGCCGCGGCGAAGGCGGAUCCGGAGCGGGGCCCCCGGCUGGCCGCGGCGCUGCGGCGCGUCUCCUCCUACCUGGAGCUGCCGCUGCUGACGGAGCGGCCGUACGUCACCUACACGCUGGCCGUCACGCUCCUCAACGUCGGCUACUUCGUGCCUUACUUCCACCUGGUGGCCCACAGCCGCCAGGCCGGCUUCUCCGAGUACCAGGCCGCCUUCGUCAUGUCGGCGGCCGGCGCCGCGGACAUUUUGGGCCGCGUGGCGUCGGGCUGGUUCGCCGACCUGGGUCACUUCCGGCCGGUCCACCUGCUGACCCUGUGGACGGCGCUGGCGGGGGCGUUCGUGGCGCUGCUGCCCGUGAGCUCGCUGUCGGGCUCCUACGCGGCGCUCACGGCGGUCGGCCUCUUGUACGGCUUCUGCUCCGGGGCGCUGACCUCGCUGGUGUUCGCGGUGGUGCCGAUGGUGGCCGGCGCGCCGCGCGUGAUGGGGGCCCUCGGGCUGCUGCAGCUCAUCGAGAGCGGCGCCGGGCUGCUGGGGGCGCCUCUGUCGGGGUUGCUCAAGGACGUCACGGGCGACUACUUGGCCUCCUUCGCGGUGUCGGGCGGGUUCCUCGUCCUCGGCUCGCUGACGCUGACCACUCUGCCGCGCUACUUCUCCUGCAAAGAGCCGCCGGCGCCCCCUCGGAGACCUUCGCCCACAAGUCGCGAGGGCGUGGGUUUGCCCCCCCCGGAGGCCGAGCGGGCGCGCGGCUCGCUUUUUCCGACGCCGACCGCAGGGGAGUCGGGGGGAAGUAUCGGGUAAUCCGAAGGAAUGUGCAUCUUGAAGCCCCCGUUGACGGCCUUCCGUGCGGCGAUGUCGGCGGUUUCCGAUCGCUUGCAGAUUCAGACCCAAAGACGAAGGGAGCUCGCUUUGAAAACAAGACCGACACUUUGUUUGUGCAUCUCCAAGUAACUUUCAGGUACACGCUGCACGUGACAAGAUGAUUUGUAAAGAAAGCACCUCUGCAGCACCGAGCCUCGGGUAAUGAAGCGGGACUCGUCCCUAGUGAAUGUCUUAAUGAUUAACUGCGCACCUCCUGUGAGCAAAUGAGUGCCAGCAGUCUCCAGAAACACUUUCCUCCUCAGGACUUUGGCCAUCAGUUGAUGUAUUGUGUUGCAGAAUGUCAAGAACACACCAGGCUUGUCUGCAUAAGCACUUUGCACUUUUUUGUAAACCAAAAACCGUGUCUAUAAGUGAGAUAUUUAGCUUUAAUGCCAGGUUUGCCGGACAGAGAACAACUGAUCACCGGGCAAAAAAAAAAAAAAAAACAUGCAAAA